UUUGUUUACCGUGUCGUGGUGCAGCUGCACACAGAGAAGCAUGGCAGUGGAUAUAACUUUACUUUUCAAAGCGAGCGUGAAGACAGUCAAAACCAGGAACAAGGCUAUAGGAGUGGGCUUUGAGUCUACAAAAGAUGAGAUUUUUAAGAAAAGCAAAUCGAAGGGCGGCUUCUCACCGCGAGCUAAAGAAGUGCAUCGGAUCUGGAAAGAAUGUGCCUGUAUAUCAUGAACAGAGACGUCUUCAAAGGCAACUUGAAGAAGCACUUUAUGUUCCCCAUGGGAUUACAAACAUCACCAAGCUCAAAGACUUUUUGCUGCAACAUCGAAAAGAUUACGUGAGUGCUGGAACUCUCAUCUCAUCCGAUCAUAAUCGCAUGACGGAAAAUGAACGAGACCAGAUCGACCAGGAUGCUCAGAUCUUCAUGAGGACCUGCUCGGAAGCCAUCAAGCAGCUACGCACUGAAGUGGAGAAACAGGUGACUUCAGCCCAGAUGAAGGAGCAUAAGGGUGCAGUGCUGGACAUCAUAGACAUGUAUCUGAGAGACGUUUGUAAUCUGUACUCGGAGCAGAGAGCCAUUAGAGUCAAGAGAAUGGUGGACAAGAAGAGACUAUCAAAACUGGUGCCAGAGCACCCAGUAAGGGUGGAGAAAACUCAGAAAACAAUAGAAGUAGAGCCCACAGAGGAGAAAACUGUAAAGGAGCAAAGUUCUGAGAAGAAUGUGUCAGAGGUCCAGAGUGGAUCUGUUAACCUGUGGGAGGAGGGCCGAGUGGAGGAUGAGCUCUCCCCUGAAGAGAUUCAGAUGUUUGAACAGGAAAACCAGAGAUUAGUCAGUGAAAUGAGCAACCUGGUGGAUGAAGUCAGGCAAAUUGAAGGAAGUGUGAUGGAGAUUUCACGACUCCAGGAGAUCUUUGCUGAGAAAGUCCUGCAACAAGAGAGUGAGAUAGAUGGUAUUCACCAGCUGGUUGUGGGUGCGACGGAAAACGUCAAAGAAGGCAACGAGGAUAUCCGAGAGGCGAUCAAAAACAAUGCUGGCUUCAGAGUUUGGAUCCUCUUCUUCCUCGUCAUGUGCUCAUUCUCUCUUCUCUUCCUGGACUGGUAUGACAGUUAACACAAGGGGAAUUUGGUGAUCCCAUCAAGACUCCAUGACACCUAGAUCGGACGCGCACUGCUGUAGUCGCUGGACACUUUGUGUUCUCCAGGAUGGAAAACCACAGCCCUGCUUUCAGGGUAGCUUUAAUCUUUGUGUGCACUUCUGUGGAUGUAAGAUUUAUGGGGAACCGUGUGCAGAUCCACCAUUUAUCCAGAGGAUGGACAGUUACCUUUUUCUACCACUAGAAGAGGGAUAAAGGUUUGAGUGACUGCAGCUGUGAAACCGUCAAGAAAACAAGUGAUAGAUGCUUUCAUUGUUCUGUGACAUUAUUUCAUCCUACUGAAUGCUACAGCACUUACAUUUUAUAGCAUCUGGUACAUUAGAACUGAACUGUGCACCCCUUUAGUUCUACUAAAACUAAACACAUUAUAAGUUUAGGAUUUCAAUAAACUUCAGUUCUGCAGAAA